AUGAACCCCAGCGACCCCAGCUACUCCUUGGCUUCGCUCUAUGUGGGGGACCUGCACCCCGAUGUGACGGAGGCCAUGCUCUAUGAGAAGUUCAGCCCCGCUGGGCCCAUCCUCUCCAUCCGGGUUUACAGGGACAGGACUACCCGCCGCUCGCUGGGCUACGCCUCUGUCAACUUCCAGCAGCUGGAGGACGCCGAGCGGGCCUUGGACACCAUGAAUUUCGAUGUGAUAAAGGGCAAGCCGGUCCGCAUCAUGUGGUCUCAGCGGGACCCGUCGCUGCGCAAAAGUGGAGUAGGCAACAUCUUCGUCAAAAAUCUGGACAGGUCCAUUGACAGCAAAGCACUGUAUGAUACGUUUUCUGCCUUCGGGAACAUCCUCUCGUGUAAGGUGGUGUGUGACGAGAAUGGUUCCAAGGGUUAUGGGUUUGUACACUUCGAGACCCAGGAAGAAGCUGAGCGAGCAAUUGAGAAAAUGAACGGGAUGUUCCUAAAUGAUCGCAAAGUGUUUGUGGGGCAAUUUAAGUCUCGUCGGGACAGGCAGGCCGAACUUGGAACCAGGGCUAGAGAGUUUACCAAUGUUUACAUCAAGAAUUUGGGAGAAGACAUGGAUGAUGAGAGACUCCAGGGUCUCUUUGGCAAAUUUGGGCCUGCCUUGAGUGUUAAAGUCAUGACUGAUGAAAGUGGAAAAUCCAAAGGGUUUGGAUUUGUAAGCUUUGAAAGGCCUGAAGAUGCACGGAAGGCCGUGGAUGAGAUGAACGGGAAAGACCUCAAUGGAAAACAAAUUUAUGUUGGUCGAGCUCAGAAAAAAGUAGAACGACAGACUGAACUGAAGCACAAGUUUGGACAGAUGAAGCAAGAUAAGCGCAAAGUUGAGCAGGUCCCACCCCAAGACCGAGGCAUUAGAUGCCAAGGUGUUAAUCUUUAUGUGAAAAACCUUGAUGAUGGCAUUGAUGAUGAGCGUCUCCGGAAGGAGUUUUCUCCAUUUGGUACUAUCACUAGCGCCAAGGUUACCACGGAGGGUGGUCGCAGCAAAGGGUUUGGUUUUGUGUGUUUCUCCUCUCCAGAAGAAGCCACUAAAGCAGUUACCGAAAUGAAUGGUAGAAUUGUGGCCACCAAACCACUCUAUGUAGCUCUAGCUCAACGCAAAGAGGAGCGGCAGGUUCACCUCAGUAACCAGUAUAUGCAGAGAAUGGCAAGCGCCAACCCGGUCAACAACCCUUUCCAGUCAGCACAGUCUCCUUCAGGUUACUUCAUGACAGCAACACCACAGACUCAGAACCGUGGCGCAUACUCUGCGCCUAACCAAACUACUCAGCAGGGACCGAGUCCCCGUGGGAGUGCUCAGGGUGCCAGAGCUCAUCCGUUCCAAAAUAUGUCUAGUGCCGUCCACCCAUCUACUAUUCCAUCAUUCAGUAGUUCAGGACCAGCUUCCCCACAGGCUCUACGGAAUAUGUCAACACAUCGUGCAGCCAACACUUCCACACAGAUGACGGGCCCAUAUCCUGCCACUGCUUCUGUGGCAGCUGCUCCGGCUGCCCGCACAGUUCCCCAGUAUCAAUACACCUCUGGAGUCCGAAAUCCCCCUCAGCAUCUUAACACACAGCCACAAGUCACCAUGCAGCGGUCUGCUGUUGCUGUCCAAGGCAACAAAGCAUCUUUGACUGCCUCUAUGCUGGCGUCUGCUUCUCCUCAAGCGCAAAAGCAAAUGCUGGGGGAAUGGCUGUUUUCUCUUAUACAAGCCAUGCACCCUGCUCUAGCUGGUAAAAUCACUGGCAUGCUGUUGGAGAUUGAUAAUCUAGAACUACGCCACAUGCUUGACUCUCCAGAGUGUCUCCACGCCAAAGUUGAUGAAGCCAUAGCUGUGCUGCAAGGCCACCAAAUGAAAGAGACUCCCCAGCAAGCGGCCAGCAGUAUCACUGGUGUCCCAACUGCUUAA